AUGGCGACCCGCGCACUCCUGGCAGGCCAGUCGACCCUCGCCCGCUCGUCCUCACUCGCUUCGUCGAGCGCACUCAAGGCUAUCGGGCCCAUCCGCCGCGCGACGGUCCUCUCGGGUUUCGCGGCUCCGUCGUCGAAGAAGGCGCCGCCUCCUAUGGCGUUUGCGAGCGCGGAGGUCCUCCAGCCGAGUUGGCUGCGCGCUGAGCUCCGCUCGAAGGGCAUGCAAGGCCGCAUCACCCUCUAA